AUGGAUGAUGAUGAUGAGUGGUGCCUGCCAGUGGCAAGUGCUGUGUCACAGCCACCAGUGGCAAGUGCUGUGUCACAGCCACCGUCACUGCCACGUGGCAACAGUGCUGCAGCCUUGGAGAGUCCGUGUGAAAAGGACUGCUUGACUCAGGAAGAAUUUUGCAGACUGAAAUUGAAGUGGGAGGGGAAAUUGUUCAUCGACCCUUCCCAGACCAGUUUGGGCACCUGGCUCUCAGGCAGAAUGCAGAAUGGGCGCUUUCUCGUGUUUUGUUCGGUAUGCGCCAGGCUGAAGGAUUCGAAGGAUGGCAGUAGCAGAAGCACCGCCUGGGCCACCGGUUUUCAGCCUACCGUCAGAAGCUUUCACUUGACUCAUGUGCAGCGACACAGCUCCACGUGUAAGGUGCACAAACAGGCUGUGAAAGAUUAUUUAAAGGCCUUGGGUUUGCAGAGUGAAGGACCUGAAGACGAAAGCUGUUUUUUGAACCGUGAGCAGUUUCAUGCUGCCGUGCAGAAGACAUGGGACGGCUGCAGAAAGGGUCAUUCUUUUCGAAGCCUGGCAGAUGAUGACGUGGGUUCAAAGUCACGUGCUGGUCGACUUGUUGAGGUCAUGGGAUGCGCAUGCCUUGCAGAGGAACAAGAAUUUCUCCGGGAUUCUGAUGUUCUGGCUUUAUACCAAGACGUCCGGGCUGGCAUGUUGUGCAUCCGAUACUCUGCAGUUUCGCUAGACUCACAGCUUUGUCGUCACGGUGUGCUCGGCAUUUGUCAUAAUGCUGGCACAAAAAGCUUGGAUCUCGUCGAAGCGAUGGACAAAGUGAUUGGCAGCUUUUGUACGCUAGAUUGUGAUUCUGGUGACAUGGAUCAUGAGCUUCGACAGCACAUAUGCGAGCAUGCUGAAUUUUUGCAGGCUGAUGGUGCAAGUGAUGAACAGCUCACAAUGCGAUUUGCGGAGCAAGACUUGCUGACGAAUGUGCGACUGCUUGACAGGGAUCCAACGCAUGCAGCACGCCGAUUGCUUCGAAACGCAUGGCGGGCGGACCCUUAUUUGGAAUCAGUCUUAGACCAAUACAUCACGUCACCGGAAUCUAUGACGGCACUGAUCCAAUACUCCGCAGACCUGAAACAUUUGUUCGAAGUUGCUGUGCUGAGCGAUGACAACGCUCCAUUUUCAGUCCGAAACCUCGGAUGGGCGGCACACCGAUUCGAUUCCAUGACGCGGCCUCUCUCGCGCUUUAUCGUACUAUUCGAUUCUGUCUGGGCAUGCGGGAUCGAUGUGUGGAACAAGCGAAAGGGAACUCGCCCUGGCGAGAGGGCACAUUCCUUCUUGUCCGAAAGCAGCGCAGAGUCUUUGCUACAGCUGGCGAUGUUAGCAGACGGGUCAGCCGAGACCCUUGACCUAGUGCGAUUCUUCGACAGGGAGACUUUCGACUCCGCUUCC